AUGAAUCAACAAGAAGAAAUUUUCUUGAUCAAAAAACAAAAUGAACUCAUCUUGGAAAGAUUAAAUUCUUUAGAUGAUGGUACUUUUGCUGCGUUAUCCACAAAUAUUCGCAGACUUUCUACGUCGUCCACAACCUCCUCCAUUGACGUGUCAUCUUUAUCAGCUCCUCAUGGAAAUUCUCGCAGACCCUCUACGUCGUCCACAACCUCUCCUGUUGAUGUGUCAUUUUUAUUAGCUCGUAGAAAUAUUUGCAGACCCUUUACGUUAUCCACAACCUUUCCCGUUGACUUGUCAAUAAGAAUAUGUGCAGAUUAUCAUCUUGAUUAUAAUUUGUCAUAUAAAGACAUACACAAAAAUAUUUUAUUUAAAAUAAUCGAAAAGUUUAAAAUAAAAACUAAGGAUCUUAACAUUGUGCUUGGAUACAAUGAUUGGUUUGCAUACGAGUUAUUAAAAAAACACGUUCAGCACAUUCGCGACCACAAAGCAAAAACAAUAAAUGGAUAUUUCACGAAAAGAACCCGAAGUAGAGGUGAGGAGAAGCUAGUGGAAAAAAAUGUAGAAGAAAGCGGUGGUGAUGAAGAAGAGAGAGAAAGUGAAGGUGAAGAAGCAGCAGCAGAAAUUGAAAUUCGGAAUGAUUUCAAUUCUAAAGAAGCAGCAGCAGAAAUUGAAAUUCAGGAUGAUUCCGAUUCUAAAGAAGCAGCAGCAGAAAUUGAAAUUCAGGAUGAUUUUGAUUCUGAUAUAGACGAAGAUUUAGAACGUCAACUCUUAAAUUUAUUUUGUAAAAGAUAUAAAAAAACAGGCAGAACAGAUAGUAGUAAGGAUGAAGAAUUAGAACGCAAUCUUAUACGUGAAAUAAGAAAAAAAGAAAAAGAAAUUGAAGAAAAAGAAAAUGAAAUAGAAGAAAAGAAAAAUGAAACAGCGACAAGUAAUAAUUUUUCUGUAUAUUAA